AUGUCAAUUCUGGAGCCGUCAGAGACACUUCCUGACAAUCUAAAAUCACCCAAAAAUGAAGUUCGAAGCCACUUUUCUUCGUUGCGACAUUUCAACUGUGAAAGCGCACCCGUGGAAACUUACCGCUGCAAAGACUGCAACUUCCAAACACAAUUAACCCUUCUCCUCAAACAACACAUUGAUGACCAUAAAAACAACCACCAAGAAAAUCUACACCCCAUCCAAAAAUAUAUUUGUGGAAAGUGCCCCUUUGAAACCCACUUCUCUCUAACGUGGUUCCAACACACUACAGCAUGCCCCAAAAAUCGAAAAAAUACCCAAAAACCCGAAAUAGUGUGGUACCAGUGUGAAAAAUGCUCGUACCGAGGCAAAGAAAAGCGCUACUUAAAAAACCACACACUUGUCCGCCACUCCAUCGAUCAAAACAUCAAGUGGCACCAAUGUCACCAGUGCCCCUACAAAACCAAGCACCGAGACCGCUUAAAAACUCACAUAAUCGCCCACCAUUUGGCCGAGCGCGAUAUUAAAUGGCACCAAUGCCAGAAAUGCCCGUACAAAGCUAAACUUAAAGCGACUUUGAAAGAUCAUGUCACUGCCCGCCAUUUGGACGAAAGCAACAUUAAAUGGCACGAAUGCGACAAGUGCCCGUUCAAAACCAAAAGAAGCUCGAAUUUAAAGCAACACCAUGGUUUGAAGAGUCACGUGAUUACGCACCAUUUGGACGUGGGGGAUAUUAAAUGGUACGAGUGCCAGAAGUGUCCGUACAAAGCUAAAUUGAAGACGACUUUGAAGGACCACGUGGUGGCGCGACAUCUGGACGAGGAAAAUAUUAAGUGGUACGGGUGUGAAAAGUGUCCUUUUAAAACUAAAACUAAAUCGAAUUUGAAACAGCACGUAAAUGCGCGACAUUUAAAUGAGAAGGAUGUGAAGUGGUAUGAAUGCAAAGAGUGUCCCUAUAGAGCUAAGCAACGGACUAAUUUGCAGACUCACGUAAAAGCACGCCAUUCAGAUAAACAAGAAAACAAAUAA